AUGGGUAUUAUGUUGUGGAGGANAGGUGGUGGUGGGAACAAGAAAAGAGAGGCUGAGAUCAUUCGAAAGAAGCCUUCAUGGAUGCUGCCCAUUUCUCAUGGGUAUUAUGUUGUGGAGGAUAGGUCACUGAAAGGUGAGUCAAGUGAGUUGGACUCGGACUCAGUUGUGGUACAGAGAGAGCAAAUUGAAGAGCAUGAAGUGUGGUUUUUUGGAGUUUUCGAUGCUCGAAUUGGUGACAGAAUUACCAAGUACAUGCAAUCACAUUUAUUGGAUAAGAAGCUUAAAGAGUCUCAAAUGAGGAAGAGGAGCAAAGAAACAAUGAGAAAGGCAUACAUUGGUGCAACAGCAAAAAUCAGGGAAACACAGAAGCCAGAAGAGUUAUGGAAAGUGGGUUCAGCAUCCGCCAUUGUUAUCAAUGGAGAAAAGCUUGUGAUAGCUUCCAUGGGUGACUACCGAGCUGUUGUUUGCAGAGAUGGUGAGGCUCAUCAAAUCACCACAAGUGACCAGCAAAUCACAAAGCGACAUUGGUCACGUAGAUUCAUUCAAGGUGCGUCACUCUUUUUCCUCCAAUUUGUGCAUGAAAUUUGA